CAGCUCGCACUGCUCUGCUCGUCAGACAGGUAAAUCCAGCAUUAUUUACUUAGGUGGAGUUUUGUUGUAACAGCAGCAGACAGACACAGACACCUGUGGGUUUUCACCUGCACCUGAGAAACUCGCUACAGUCACAGACACAGACCGAGAAAACGACUCUGAGACCGGGUUGAAGAGCUACUGAAGCACCGGGACUUCAUUUUACCUGUAAAAGUAAAACACUGAGGAGCGGGUCCAUCUGAAAACCUCCUCCCUCCAAGGUGAGGGGUCUGCAGCCCUCGGAGAGCCCCCUCUGUGCAGGUGAGCUGGGCCUGGUGGAGCAGCAGGACCUUCUAGUUUCAGAGACCAUGUCCGAAGGAGAGGUGCUGCCCCCCGCAGUCCCCUUUUCAAGGGGCUGUAAAGCCAGAGCAAGUCUACCUGUGGGUCGCUCGAGUGGGCAGACCAGAGAGAGGCCGCUUGGUGUGUUGUACCUGCAGUACGGGGAGGAGACCAAGCAGGUGAGGAUGCCGGCUGACAUCAGCAGUCAGGAGGCUCUGUGGGCGCUGUUCGUCACCGCCUUCCCCCAUCAGCUCACCAUGAAGAUGCUGCAGUCUCCCAACAUGGCCAUCUACAUCAAAGACACCAGCCGCAACGUCUACUACGACCUGGACGACAUCAGAAACAUCACACCCCACUGCUGUCUGAAGGUUUAUCAUAAAGACCCAGCACAGGUGUUCAUCCGCCACACCAGAUCUGCCAGCACAGAGGGGAGGAUCUCCAAAGAGGUGUUGUAUGGCAGUCACAGUCCGGUCCACACCCUGUCGUCGUCCAGCCGCAGCACCCUGCACAGCCUGCAGGGCUCCAUGUCUCCCCCCAUGGUGCGCUCCGUGCCCUCCUCCCCCUCCAGGAUGGCGUACGGGAGCUCACGAGGGGGGGCGGGCGCGGUGGAUCCGGGCAAUGCCACAUUACCGCGGGAACGUCUGUCAGGGGCGGGGCGGUCGAGCAGCGUCUGCACCAGCAGCAGUGUCAUCCUGGAGAGGAGAGACGUCAAGCCUGAUGAGGAUGUCGGCAGCAGUAAGAGCAUGGCCCUGGUGGUGCGAGGUGAAGGAGGACCCCAUUACCCAGACUCCUACUGCUCCUCCCUGCAGGACGGAGGAGGAGGUCGCCUCAGCUUCGCCUCCUCCCAGUGCAGUGCUCCUCCCUCUGUCACUGCAGACAUGGUUGAUGCUGGGGUACCAGGGGUCCCAGGGAUCCCAGGGGUGCUGCACCAGUACCGGGCCUCCGUUAAACCGCUGAUGGGGUAUGGAGAGAGCACGGAGCACCCGACCCACUCCCUCCACAGGCAGAAGAGUAGGAAGUACGGAGAAAGCCAGCUGCCUUCCCUGGGAACCAAAACCCCGCCGUCUUCCCCUCACAGAGUCAGUGAGGUCAGGAUGAUUGACGGACAGGUCGCCGGAGGGGUGGGCCUGGUGUCGGCGGAGAGGAUGUCACCGAUUCGCCGGUCCCUGCGGCGGGACAGUAACGGAGCCACUGUGGAGAUUAUAAACAGAAGCAGAGGAAGCGGCUCGUCGUCCUCCACCUCGUCUGUGUUCGUGGACAGCCCUCUGGGACAGCCAGAGCGGUUGUUUCAGGGUCACGUGACCGCCAGCAACACCCAGAGUGAGCGAAUGAAAGCCAUGGAGGAGCAGAUAGCCAGUCUAGCAGGGCUGGUGCACCACGCUCUGUCUAUGGGACCAGAUGUUCCAGGAGUCAAGGACGCUAUCAGUGAGAGUGCUGGACGUAAACUCCUCAACAACAGACCAGUGUCGUCUGAGCCUCAGAACUCCACCGCUUUGAUUGACAGCUUCAGCCCCGCCCCUCUGGCUCUUCAGGCCCCUCCCUCUGGCGGCGGGCUGCAGCAGAGCUUGGUGUUAGCAAAGAGAAGUGUGUGUGAGCUGCGACUGCAACUCAGCCAACUCAGACAACUACAGCUGUUGAACCAGGAGAGCGUGAGUUCGAUGCUGAGGAUGGCGGGGCAGGAGCUGGUGGGGUUGAUGUGUGAUCGGCUGGCUCGGUCCGAGGAGGCGGCGCACGGACGGAGAGCUGAGCUGGAUGAGGAGAGGAUCCACUACCUGGCCACUGAGGACAGAAUACUCUCCCAGCUCAGUGAACUGGAGGACUACGUGGACCGUCUGCAGAGGAGCUCCGCCUCCGAUCCCGGCCAGCUGUCAAUCACUUUGAGAGACGUGGAGGAGGGGGCGGUGAGCCUGAGGCGGGUCGGGGAAGCUCUGGCCGUCCUGAAAGGUGAGUUUCCAGAGCUGCAGGUGAGGAUGCGCUCCGUGCUGAGGGUGGAGGUGGAGGCGGUGCGCUUCCUGAAGGAGGAGCCUCACAAGAUGGACUCCAUGUUGAAGAGGGUCAAAGCCUUGACGGAGACGCUCAGUUCUCUGCGCAGGUGUGUAUCAGAGUCAACCCCCCCAGGUCGACCUGCCCAGGUGGAGCCUCUAAAGCACCUGGAAACAGAGGGACCCCCCCGGACUCAGAGCCCUCAGAGCUCCCCCAAACCACAGCCUCGGUCCUCUGUCAGACCCCCUCUUCAGACCCCCCCCCUCUCUGGGACUGAGGUCAGUGUGGGGGGGUCAGCCUCCCCCGUCAUGACCCGCAAGAUGACGAGUACAGCGGCCACAGUGAUCCAACCCCCCCACCACCCCAGCCCCCCACUGACGCCAACCCAUGGACGAGACUCCCCCACCGUCGCCAAGGUGAGUCCUCGCAGCAGAGAGGGAAGCCCCGCCCUGCACAGGAGGCCCCCCCCCCCGCAGUCCGAUGGACUCUGUAGUCCAGCAGGCGGAGCGCCAACACAGGAGACCCAGACUGAGCAGACCCCCGCCACACACACACAGACACACACCCAGACCAGCAGAACAGAUGCAGACGUGCGGCCCCCCAGCUCUGACUCCAGUCAGCCUCCCGACACCAACGCAGAUUUAGACCAGGUCCUCCAGGAGGCCCAGGCCAGCCUGAUGAAGUCCAUCCCUGAUCUGGAUGUGUCAGAUACCAGAGAGGGUGUCAGUGAUCCUCCCCCAGGACAGAACCUACCUCUGGACCCGGCACAGCAAGCCUCAGUGGAGCAGCUGAGUGAUCAGGUGGACUCCACAGACACAGCUCCACCAGAUGUGGAGCCUCCUCCGCCAGCUCCUCAAUCAGCUGCUUCAGUAGCUGCUGAAUCAGCUCCUCCAUCAGCUGUUUCCAGCGGUCGGCCACAGGUGGAGAAACCUCGGCGCUCCAGCGUGGACAAAGAGAUGAGGCAGAGUCCAGACAGGAGCCACAGGUCUUCUCCUCCUCCUCCUCCUCCUCCACGAAGGUUCCACGCCGUCAGCUCAGGUGUCACCACAGGGAGGUCAGGAGAGGUCAUCUUCACCACCAGGAGAGAGCCGGCUGGAGCACAGGAGGAGAAACAGGACAAAGAGCCUCCUCCGGUUCCUCAGGCCAAACCCCCAAGACAGCCACCAGAGGUCAAACCCAAACCCCAGAUGUGUGCUCCUGCACCUCUGGCUGGCUCCACUUCCACCCCUGCUCCAACCUCAGCACACAGGGAGGAGGAGGAGGAGGAGGAGGAGGAGGAAGAGGAGGGGGGAGAGGAGGGGGGAGAGGAGGGGGAAGAGGAGGAGGAGGACAACAGAUUCAUCAAGGAGCUGCAGGUCUUUCAGAAAUGUUCAGUGAGGGGUGAAGGGAGCAGAGGGGGGGUAGAUCCCUCAGCCUCUCAGCUGCAGAGCAAAGAGACGCAGUCUGAGGUGACUACAGAACUGUCACAAAAGAAUAAAUUGCCAGGUGGAAAUAAGCAAUGGAAAGGAAAGCUGAGGAAAUCUUCAGCAUCACAAGUGGCCAAUCAAAAGCCUCCUGAAUUAGCAACAUGUGACCACCAGUCAUUCAGACCAGCAGCUGGACCGGAAGAUCAAGGUGGAGGCGGGAAAGACGGGGUCAGUCUCUAUCAGAGGAGGGGAGCAGGGCAGAAGCUGGUCCAACAAGGGUCUUCCUUAAACCGUGCAACAGUAGAGAAGGUGGAGCUGCCUCCACCUGUUGCUUUACAAGAUGCUCAGUUAACACUUAACAGGGAGCUAGGUGGGAAGGUGUCCUCCCCAACCACAGCAGAAAAUAAAGUCAAGGUCACAACAAUUGUUACUCUACAGAAAGUACAGAGUGGAGGGUCUGAGCCCCCAGGUCCUGAGCAGACUCUAGCUGACAAGAAGUCAAACAUGAUGGUUAUUGUAACUUUACAAAAAGAAAACUCUCCAGGGGAUUGUUCGUCCCUGAGCUCGGAUCAGGAGCGUCUCCCUCCGUUCCCAAAACCUCCCCCCCUCCCCCCAAUCCCGACUCUCAGCCACAGUAACAAGCAGCAGAACCAGGAAACAGCAGUGCAGGGACGCAGGGACCGGUCACAGUACACAGAAGAAGGAGGUAGUCUGAGCCCCGAUCGAUGGGACGACGAAGGACCUCCUCCUCCGCCACCUCCAAACUGUGACAUCAGCCUCAGGAUGUCCAAGACCAGAGUAGGGGCACAGUCCAAAGAGGAAGACUUAGUCCAGAUGAACGGUUUUGACACACAGACUGGAGAAUCCACUCGCCUGGCACAUGAGGACCAAAGUAACGACAAGAGACCUAUCAUCGUCAUCUUGGAUGAGCCCAUGGACAUUCAGUCAGCCUACAAACGUCUGUCCACCAUCUUUGAAUCUGAGGAAGAUCUCAAUGGGAUCCUCACUCCAGAGAGCGUAGUGGAUGAAGAGCAGACGAGGCACGAGGAAGAGGAGCAGGGCCUGAGAAAACUCUGCAUCGCCGAGAUAAAGCACCAAAGACCAGAUACUGACUCCGCUUUUGAAAACCAGGACCUGGGUAAAGCAGACUCGCCCAGAAAGACAGAGACCAAGAAGAAAUUCAAAUUCAAGUUCCCCAAAAACAAACUAGCUGCAAUUACCCAAGCCAUUCGAACAGGGACGAAGACAGGAAAGAAGACUCUGAAUGUUGUUGUCUAUGAGGAGGAGGAGGAGGAGGAGAUGGCAUCAGACAGCAGGCUGGUGAAGGAGACCAAGAACCAGACCAAGGAAUCCAGGAGCUGUGAGAUCAACAGGACCAAACAUUUGAACUCGUGUGAAGGCAACAGCUGUGACAGAGACCUCAAGGUGUCCUCUCCCAGACUCUCCCUGUCACACAGCCGGGUGGAGGAGCUCUGCAAGACUACAUUACACUCUGUCGGCAAUCUAGAAGAGUCCAUCAAACAGCUGGAGAUCAGUGUGGGCAGAAUAAGUAACCCCUCUUCCCCCCCCUCCGUUCAGUCUGCUCCUCCUCAGUCCCCUGGUGCUGCCUCUGAUGACAGGGCCCAGAUUAAAGGCAAAGUCAAACGAGAAAGGGACAGAAGCCCGUCCAAGAGGCCGGCCCCUCAGAUCCUCAAGGGCCCAAAUCCACCUCAGAGCAAGAGGGCCAAACCACAGCCAGCACACGACACGGGGAAAACCUCCUCCAAGAAAAAGACAUCCAGCAACAUCUCCAGCUCAUCUGCUCUGAGAUCCCACACCAGGUCCCGCCACUCGUCCUCCUCACCUGAGAAGUCACCUAAGGCUCAGAAACAGCAGAAGCAGCCCAGCCAGGCUGUCAGCAGAAGCAGUAGAGCAGCCGGGGAUAGUAACCGUUGUGUCGUUGCUUUGCGUCCCUCUAAGAUCCCAGCCUUGUACCAUAGCUCUGGGAAACAUCCGUCUGCCUCUCUGUCCACUGCUCACUGCUCAGACACCUCCUCCUCCUCCUCCACCUCCUUCUCCUCCUCCUCCUCCUCCUCAGGGAAACACUCAGUUCUGUCUUCUCCUUCAAAUGUCUCCAAGUCUCCUUCCGGCUGGUCUUCUCCUUCCUCCGCCCAGCGCUCCAGGCGACAGGCUUCCUUGUGUCCUCUCUCCUCCUCCUCUUUGGCGAAGAGCUCCUCCUCCCUUUCUCUGUCAGACUCCCCUCCUCGCUCCCCCUCUCCGCCCCCUCCUUCAUUUUCUUCCUCCCCUCCUCUUCACAAGUCUUUAAUCCCGUCUCUGAAUCUGAGUCGUCUCCUCCCUUCGUCUAGCCACGUGUUGUCGCCAUCCCACGCUAACACCAGCUCCGCCCACCACGGGCUUCGCAGCAGCAGCAACCGCCAGCAACACCUCGUCCUCGCAUCCACCUCCACCUCCAGCACCACCUCCACCUCCCAACACAGCUACUACUCUUCAUCCUCCUACUCUUCAUCCUCACCCUCGUCCUCCUCCACCUCCUCCUCCCUGUCCCCCACCUCGUCCUCCUCCUCUCCUCCCUCCCCGUCCUCCUCCCUCCUCCCCACCAUGGUGAGUCACGGGACGAGGAGUGUUCGAGUGUCAGAGUCCGACCCCGGUUCUCCAUGCCCCGGCAGGAAGUGCACAGGAAGCCAAGGCGGCCGACUCGUGAGGGCGGCGGCAGCCUCGAGGGACUUGGCGUGAUGGUUUGAUCUGAGUUUUAAAAACAUGUAAGUGCAGAGAGAGAUGACGGCGUGUACCCAGCUGAACACUGAACUCUUCCUAAAGCAAUACUGUGUGAUGUUUACCUUCGUUUGGAUAAUGUGGUCAAAAAUUAAACUUCUAAAAACCUGAAAAAUAAAAGACAAGUCCAAGCCACACUGGUACCAUACACUGUGUGUCCAGACUGUCGCCAUGCCGACCCAUACACCAGCAUGGUUGAUAUUACUGAAACACCAAAGACACGUUUGAGGUCAUUUAAAACUAGUUAAUCUUUGAACUGUGAACGAUCCGCUCAGGACAAAUCUGUAACGUCUUUUUAUUACGACUGUUACUCUUUAAAAUUUAUAUUCAGGUUUUAUCUUUAUGAAAAAUUCAAUCUGUCCUAAUAUUGAGGAUAAAAUAAGUGCAGCAGGCCGUGUGCUCCAGCAGGGGGGCUGUGACACUGUGAUGAUGCUGAGUCUGACACCUGACCAGGUAACGAUGAAGGAUCCUGGACUCGACCUCCACAGGUACAGGAUCUGGUCCAGGAUCUGGUCCAGGAUCAGGCCUCGUGGAUUCAGUUGAUGUGAAUUCAGUUCACGAUAACAUCAGGUGUCAGUUUUUUAUUAUUAUUUUUUUGACACCGGUCUCAGGUUAAAGGUGGGCAGAGCUCCGCAAGGAAUCAUGGGAGCUCAUCAGGUGAUAGAGGAGAGUGUCAAUCAUGCACAGUCACCUGAGAGGAGCUCACCUGUGUGACGGGACACAGGUGUGGUUGGCAGCCCUACUCCUAACAGAAAACCUUCAUGUCGCGUGUUUAUGUUGAAAAAUCAGCUGAUUGAUCGGCUUCAGAUAUCCAGUAUUAAUCAGACUAUAGUCACACGGCACACACCAGCAGCAGGUGUCCAGGCUUCCACACCUUGACCUCGGAUGUCACAGUCCCACCUUUAACCAGAGCAAGAAUCUGGUCUAAUAAAACAUGUUAUUAUUACUAUUAUUAUUAUGAUUUUUUUUUAAUUAUUGUGUUUUUGAUGAACCUGCUUGCUUCUACUUUUUCCUGACGUUUGAACCUGUAGUUUUCUUCUUCCAGCUUGUUGAGUGUCACCUGCUGGAGCCAGGUGCAGCUGUGUCAGACAAUCAGGGUGUAUGAUGUCACAGGUCAUAUAGAUACAGAAUAUUAUGGAUUAAAAUAAAAUAUGAACACAGUAGAAACAGAGUUUAUUUUUCUCUCAUCAGUCCUGCACGGUGCAGCAGAGGAGUGUGUGUGUGUGUGUGUGUGUGUGUGUGUGUGUGUGUGUGUGUGUGUGUGUGUGUGUGUGUGUGUGUGUGUGUGUGUGUG